GGCCAGGAAGCCGCGAGAGAGCAACGGGCGCGGCCGAAGGUUUUCCUCCCGCCCCCGUCUUGCGUCGCUACACCUGUGCAAGGGCGGGGAAAAGGCAGCGACGGGCGGCUCGGGGAGCCAAUCGGGAGCGGCCGCCUUCUCACCUGCGCGCUGAGCCCUCUCGCCUCGGCUGGCUCAGUUGGACCAAGGAGAGCGGGCCGGGUAGGACAUGGCGGAGGCUGCUGCGCGGGGAUCCCGACGCCGGCAUCGGUGCUGCUUCUGGGUGUUGCUCUGCGCCGGAUCCUGGUCCUUGAUAUCAGGCCAGACCCAUCAGGUGGUACAAGUUCCUGAGAAUCAGUCGGUCAAACUGCCAUGUAAAGCCAUAGCUGGACAGGGUACACCAACACGCCUGGAGUGGAAAUUCCAGCGUUCCGGUGCCACAGAAUUUGUGUACUAUCAAGGGCAGCUGACAGAUCUCUACAAGAGCCGUGCUGAAUUCAGUGGCAGUGACAUUCGUCUCAAGUCGGUCACCCGCAAAGAUAUGGGGCAGUACACCUGUCAGGUUGUUGGCAACAACGGGGUUGCUGAAAGUGUAGUGGACCUUAUUGUCCAAGUUCCUCCCUCCAAGCCCAAGGCUGAAGUACCCUCCUCUGUAACCAUUGGCAACAGGGCAGUCCUAUCUUGCGUGGAGACGGACGGUUCCCCGCGGCCCACCUUCAGGUGGUACAAGAAUGACAUCCUUAUGCCCGUGGACCCCAAAACGGACGUCCUCUUCAAGAAUUCCUCCUACACGCUCGACUCCAGUACGGGGAUUCUGACGUUUGAACCUGCAACUUCCUUUGAUGCUGGUGACUACUCUUGCGAGGCUGAUAACAGUAUUGGGUCUUCCCAGAAGUCAGAAGCUGUCCACUUGGAGCCCAGUGAGGUCAAUGUGGGUGGCAUCGUGGCAGCUGUGGUGUUGCUUCUGAUUGUCUUCGGGCUAGCAGGCUUUGGCAUCUGGUUCGCCUACAGCAGAGGGUUCUUCAAAAGAAGAGACAGCACCAACAAGAAGGUCAUUUACAGCCAGCCUUCCAACCGGAGCGAUGGUGAAUUUAAACAGACGUCGUCCUUCUUGGUCUGAUCUCUGCCCUGGGCCUGUCUUGAGGCGUGUAUUAAGUCCAAUCUCCUUGACCUGUUGUAAAUGUUCUUUUAUGAAUCCUUGUAAUUAAGUGUGAUUUUUAACCUGUUUUUUUAAUGUAAGAGUACUUUUUACAAUUUCUCUCCCUACCCCCCCCCCUUUUUACCUUAAUUUAAAGGACUGCCUUAGAGUUUAUUUUUCAAGGCAAUAGUUCGUAAUCCUGCAGGAGACCAGAAUUUCCAGGCCAGCCAAGGUGCUAAAUGAUGUCUGCCCAAGUACUCAAGUGGCCUUUGUAAAUUGCUCAGAGAUGGAGUGGGGGUGGAGUUAAGGGCACCCAGUUGUCCUGAGUGAGUCAGAGAAGGAUGGUGGUUGAGAAGGCGCUUUGUAAGCUGCUUGGACCUCCCCAGCCCCCCCUUUCUUGCAAAGGAGAUAAAUGACUUACUGGAAAGCAACUGGUGGAAUAGCUGCAUUGGUAGAAGAUGAAAUGAUCACACCUGUAGGGGUUCUUUCUGCAAGGGACAGCCUACAGUCACACCAGAAAGCCUAAAUAGCAUCGAGUGGGGCUAUCAGAAAAUAGAACGCCUUACGCUGCAGCCCACACUCUCUUGUGCAGAGUCUGGUAAAACCAGUGGCAUGCCAAACUCUGCGUUUGGAUCGUGGCCUUAUUGUAAAGUCUUAAAACCAUGAAGCAAAGAAGAAAGUCAUUAGUUUCUUUUAAAACUCGAGAUCGCUACCCAAUGUGUGCCUUUUAUAAAUAUCGUUUGACAGCCAUGUGUAAUUUUAUCUGCUGACCAAUUGGAAAUAAAGCUGGUUGGUUGGUUUUUUUU